GAAGCCGCGGCCAGGGCGGGCAAGGACACGCCGGCGCACAAGCAGGCGUUGAGUGUCGUCGCCAAGCUCAAUGCGCAGAUGCGCGCGUCGAAGCUGAGCUUGCAAAGUGCGCUGCAGUCCGAAGAUAUCAGCGGUCGGAAGGGCGGCACGGAUGCGACCGACUUCCAUGCCAUCAUCCCCAUCAACGACUAUCCCCAGAAGGCCCGCUGGCGUGUUACUAACAAAGAGACGAUGGUCCAGCUUAUUGAUAUGACUGGUGCCUCGGUGACUAACAAGGGUAUCUAUUACGAGCCGGGCAAGGAACCAGGAAUGGACGCGCCCCCCGAAACUGCAUUUGCUCGUUGAAUCGAAUGAAGAAUACCGGGUCGAGCAAGCCGUGCGCGAAAUCAAACGCCUGCUGGUCGAAGCGUCGGCCGCGGCUCUCCAAGCCGAGAUGCGGAAUCCCAGUGCUCCAACAGGCAGAUACAGUGUGAUCUGAGUCUCCGUAGCACACACAUACUUACAGACCGUAACUCUUCCUCAUACUACUGCUGUAACCCGUCUCU